CACAAGGCAAAUGUAGAUAGCAUUUCGACCAACCUUUAUAUCGUGUCGCUAUUGAUGGAACAAUUGAAUGGCACUGUCCGUUUACUUAAACUAACAAUGAUUUUUAAAAUGUGGUGUAACGCGGUUUUGUGUGCAGUGAUUUUAGGAGCUGGAAUCACGCCAACAUUUGCUUUAUAUGACGAUGUACUGAAGCAAGUUUUGAAUCGUAUCGAACGCUUAGAGGCGGAAAACGUCUCACUCAAAAACAAAAUGGAGGAGCUGGAAGAAAAAUACAAUACACUGCUAAAUCACAUGUAUGACAAAAUGAGUCAAAAAUGAGUCAGACAGACGUGAAAUCCGAUACCGUGAGGGAAACAGAUCAAAAUGUUAUGGUUCUAGACAAGAAUUAAGACAUGAACUAUACUCAAAGAGAAAUAAUUGUUCCUCCCAAAAGGCAUAAUGCGAUUCCAGAUAGUGAAUAUGGAUUUUGAUGUAGAAGGGGACGAUUUUCUUGCAAACAUUGAUUUGAAACCUUCAACUGUGGAAACAUUUGAGUGUCCUUCAGCUCAACAAUGGGACAAGCCUGUCAUUUUACCGGAGACGUUUCCAUUUCCAUUUGAGCCCUACGACAUUCAGAAGGGGUUCAUGCAGGGGCUGUACACAUGCCUGGAGCAGGGGCGAGUUGGCAUCUUUGAAAGUCCCACUGGAACUGGAAAGUCGCUGAGUCUGAUCUGUGGUGCUCUGAGAUGGCUGAAGGAUUAUCAAGACAAACAGAAAGCUGAACUAGAGCAGAUGCUUCAAGGAAAGACAGCAGAAAGUAAUGAAGAAAAGGAAAACCAAAGUGGCAAUAUACCUGCAGAACUGGAUUGGAUAAGUGAAUUCAAGAAAAAACAGGAAGUGGAUGAAAAGAAUCAGAAAAUAAAGAAGGAAGUAGAAACUCGGUUGAAGCAAGAGGCAAAGUUGGCAGAAAUGAAGAAGUCGAAAUACAUCAGUAUAAAGAGAAAGAGAGCUCAGCUGGAGAGUGAGUUUGAUGACCUGAUGAAAGGAGCGACAAAGGACGUUAAGGAGCAGAUAAAGGCAGAGAUAGUCGAGACUGCGACAGGAACAGAGGGUCCGGAUGGAGAGGAUGAGAGGCUGAUACUGGCGGACUACACGAGCGACUCAGAGGAGAAAACAGACGGAAGUGAGGAGGAGGAGGAAGAGGUUGUUCACUGUACCAAGAUCUAUUUCUGCAGUAGAACACAUUCACAGCUAUCCCAGUUUGUAAGGGAGGUAAUCAAGUCACCUUAUGGCGAGGAAACUAGAGUCAUCUCUCUUGGUUCCAGACAGAACCUAUGUGUAAAUGAAGCUGUUAAGAGGCUGAAGUCGCUCAGUUUGAUGAACGAUGCAUGCAGAGACUUGCAGAAGAAAUCAACCGGAAAGAAGGAUACUAGUGAGCCCAAGAAGCGCAGGGUAGGUGGGGCUAAGGGCUGCCCGUUCUACCGACAGGAGGCGAUUGAGGUGUUCAAGGACUCUGCCCUCCUAGAGGUGCGCGACAUUGAACAGCUGGCCAUGCUGGGAAAGCAGAUGAAGGCCUGUCCGUACUUUGGCACACGGAAAUCAGUGCCUGAAGCAGAGAUUGUGGCCCUGCCAUACAACACUCUUCUCCACAAGUCCACUAGGGAGGCCAGCGGUAUCAAGCUGAAGGACUGCAUAGUCAUCAUAGAUGAGGCACAUAAUCUUCUGGAAACCAUCAACAAUGUGUACAGCACGGAAAUCACAGGUUCACAGUUGGUGCGAGCCCACAGCCAGCUGAGCCAGUAUGAGCACAAGUACCGGUCGCGCCUGAAGGCCCAGAACCUCAUGUACAUCAAGCAGAUCCUCUACGUGCUGGCCAGUCUCACCAAGGCACUUGGAGGUAAAAUAGACCAGGUUCCUGAUAAGCAAAUGUUUACAGUUAUAGAAACCCGCCUGUGGACGUUAAACAACUUCUUAUUCCACUGCCAGCUGGACAAUGUUAAUAUGUUCAAGAUACUUCGAUAUUGCCAGAAGAGCAUGAUCUCUAGAAAGUUGCAUGGCUUUGUUGAGAAAUACAGGCCAGAAAUAGUUCCUGCAGCUGAACAAGAGAAGCAAAAGGAAACCAGCACAUCUAGCCUGUCGUCCUUCUUGCAGACAAUUAGUGGGAAGGGACCUAACCCUAGCAAAGUUGUAGACGCGGUUGUCAAUGACGACAGACGUGAGGACUUUGUGAUGGCGUCACCUCUCAUGCACAUCGAGGGCUUCCUGAUGUCACUGACCAAUGCAGACAAAGAUGGCAGAAUUGUGGUGAAUAAACAAAAGCUCCUGAGCCAGUCUAGCAUCAAGUUCAUUCUACUCAAUCCUGCCAUCCACUUCUCAGAUAUUGUGAGGGAGGCACGGGCUGUCGUGGUCGCCGGGGGAACCAUGCAACCAGUGAGUGAGUUCAGGACCCAACUGUUCCAGGCUGCCGGUGUGGAGGCGGGCCGCAUACUGGAGUACUCCUGUGGACAUGUGAUUCCUGGUGAACAGCUGCUGCCUAUUGCCCUCACUACAGGCCCCACGGGUAUACCCCUGGACUUCACCUUCCAGAAUAGGAGUCAAAACAGUCUGUUGGAUGAACUAGGUCGCCUCGUUUGUAACAUCUGCAAUGUGGUGCCGGCCGGAGUCAUCUGCUUCUUCCCCUCCUACGACUAUGAGAAAUUUGUCUACACGCACUGGGAAACCACCGGAGUGCUCGCAAGACUCGCUACUAAGAAAAAGGUGUUCCGAGAGCCCAAGAAGGCCAGUCAGGUGGACCAGGUGCUCAGUGGGUAUGCCUCCUGUAUCCAGAACCCGAGUGGCAGUGUGACCGGGGCCAUCAUGUUCUGUGUGGUGGGAGGCAAAAUGAGCGAGGGGAUCAACUUCUCUGACAACAUGGGCAGAUGUGUCCUGAUGGUUGGAAUACCGUAUCCAAACAUGAACUCUCCAGAACUCAAGGAGAAGAUGGACUACCUCAAUGCAAACUUUCCACGAGAUCCAGAUGGUAAGCUGCCAGGUCAGGUCCACUAUGAAAAUCUGUGUAUGAAGGCAGUGAAUCAGUCAAUAGGCCGGGCUAUUCGCCAUCAAGGCGACUAUGCCACCAUUCUUCUGUUAGAUCGCCGCUACACUAAAGCUGGGACUGUGGCCAAACUGCCAGGAUGGAUAUCACAACAUCUGCAGAAAAUGGAGAAAUUUGGGACUGCAUUAGGCGCCGUUUCCAAGUUCUUUGCAAACAAGAAAUGAUGAGCAUCCAACUAGAUGUGGCCAGGGCUACACAGAAUGGCAUAUAUAUAACAACAUUGCCAGCCAUAGUGUCAAGAUGGCAGUACACAUACAUGUAUUACAGCUGUGGGAAAACAGGGCUUAAUGCAUGAGUGUUAAGUGUUGACCCAUAUUAGGCUUCACGGCUAAUCAGGGACAACACCUUUUGCCUUAACUGGAUUUUCACUAAGUAGGGCAUCUUUUUAACAAACUAUACCAUAAACGCUGAAAGUGUCAUCCCUGAUUAGCCUGUGCAUACUGCAGAAGUGGGCUCAAUUUGUAGUUAGUGGCCAGUAAAUUUGAAUUGGGUCUGUAAUAGUUAAUAUAAUUUACAUACAUUAUGUGGCGAGUACUGGUUUGGGGACUUUCACUGAGACUGUUUUUCCUUAGGACACUAUCUCAGCUGGAUUUAAAAUGAUUCUGCUCAGAAUAGUGAAGGUCUCAGGUGAGCAUCAAAGGGCCUUUAGCCCUUUUGGUAAAGACAUGCCUUCUAUACUGUUACAUUGUUUGAUGGUGCACUCAGCAGAUGUUUGACAUGAACACUUUCUGUGUCUAACAUUACAGAAUGAUCCCCAUAUUUUACCUCUAACAUUGUAAUGAUUUGCACAUUGUUCACUGACACUAUUCCAGAUUAAAUAAAAAUAGUUUGAUUUAUAUAAAUAAUUAAUGAUAAUGAGAGAUUUGUUCAAUUUUUUUUUUCGGCGAAGCUGUAUACGCCAGGCUUAUCACCUUACCUGACCUUUGUAACUGUCCAUUAAAAUUCAAAUAAAACUUCCUGCGGCUAGUUCAGAAUGAAUAGACUUCAUUUAUCCCAUAGGCUGAUUUAGCAUUCCACCAGAACAUUGGAAACAUAUGUUCGCGUCUUUGUAAUACUGUUUUACUGCGUGUUCAGCAUAAAACAUUUUUAUCUCUAAUGAAAAGGCUUAAUAGAUUAAACAGUUUUACACUCAAUCUCUACAUCAAUACAGUUUGUGCUUGCACCUUUUAUUUUCAGAGGCAACAGCGUUUAUACUUAAAGGCUAUGUUCUCAUAUUAUGGCCCCCUUCGAAGAAGAGGGGGUAUAUUGCUUUGCUCAUGUCGGUCGGUCAGUCCGUCCGUCCGUCCACCAGGUGGUUUCCGGAUGAUAACUAAAGAACGCUUGGGCCUAGGAUCAUGAAACUUCAUAGUUACAUUGAUCAUGACUAGCAGAUGACCCCUAUUGAUUUUGAGGUCACUAGGUCAAGGUCACAGGUGAAGGUCACAGUUACUGGAAAUAGGCAUUUUAAGGAUUUAGCAUGGUUCAAACAAGAGAAACAACUACCGUUUUUGCAUGAUCUUUUUGUUACAGCAUUUGUCUCCCUUGUAAUAUAUUUAAAUUUUACCAAAUGUAAGACUAACUGCAUUUUUGUAAUGCAUACUACUACUACUACUGCUGCUGCUGCUGCUGCUGCUACUACUUCUACUACUACUACUACUACUACUACUACUACUACUACUACUACUACUACUAACUACUCACUACUACUACUACUACUACUACUACUACUACUACCACACCACUACACCACCACUACACCACCACCACCACAACCGUUCACAGUGACAAAAAACGUAUUCACACAAUGGCUGCUACUACAACUAAUAGCCCAUAUAGGGGGGCAUGCAUGUUUUACAAACAGCCCUUGUUUAGUACUGACUUCCAUAUUCCUGUAAACAUGUUAACAUGUAAAAGUAUAAAGAGCAGUGGAAGCGUGGCCUCACUUUAAUGCAUUGCAUCUUAACCCGCGAAGUAUCAUGGGUCAGUUUGCGGUUAGUGUGUGGUUUAUUUACAGGUCAUAGCUGCGUCUUCGAAUACGCUUAUGUGCUUACCUGAGUUCGCAGCCAGUUAUCGUUAUAUAAUAUAGACGCUAUCCCUGAACUAGGUGAACUGGAAUUUCCUUUAGACCAGAAAGAUGUUAAAAGAAGAUAUUCAGAAAUAUUAUUAUGGUAUGUCAAUAAUAGAUUCUUAAUGUGUUUUCAACAAUACCGUGAUAAAUAUUAUUUUUAAUUAAUUUAACAAGAAUUAUUCCACUAUAUUGACUAAUGUAUAAAGCAUGAGCGCGAUGAUUCUCGAUACUGUUAAUAAUCGAAUCAAAUAGCAAUGCCCGACAAACCAUUAAAACAGGUUUGUUCGAAGAUAGCGCGUACAAAUAUUUAAAAUAUGAACGGAUACUUAGCGUGUGGCCGGUUGACUCAUAUGUUUAAAUUUCACUUCCAUUCUUCUUUUGGUUUUCUGUUUCGUAUCUAUAGGUUUAUGACCAGCAAUACGUAAUAAUGUAAAAUAAGCCGCGAAAGCUCCGCGUAACAUCCCGUACUGCGUGUGAUGCAGCUAAGAACUGCACAGUAAAAGAUAUUCGCUAUCCUUGAUCUCAUUUAUUAAACUCUUUACCUUUCACAAACUCCAACCACAAUCAACGCCGUAUAUCUUUUUUUUAAAGAUAUUUCUUGUUCAAUCUUUGAACAACAGAAAUUGAAUCCAAGGUACAAUGAUUUUUUAAAACAAUCUAUCAUGAUGUUUGAUUUUAUUUUUAGACUCUUUAGAAUGUUUGAACAUACAGAAAUGGAAUUCAAUGUAGUACAUGUGUGUAUGACUUAUUUAAAUAUUUAAUAUUUAUGUUUUUUAGCUUGACUAUUAUAUAUGAAAUAUAUAAAGUGGAGCUAUCCUACUCACCCCGGCGUUGCCGUUGGCGUUUCCGUGAGCGUGCAAAUGUUAAAGUUUGCGUACUACCCCAAUUAUUUUCAUUGUCCCUUGACAUAUUGCUUUCAUAUUUUGCAUACUUGUUAACCAUCAUGAUCCAAACCUAUAAACAAGAGCAGACAACUGUAUCAAGCAUUUUGACAGAAUUAUGGCCCCUUUUAUACUUAGAAUAUGCAUAUUAUUGAUAAAUCUAUGUUAAAGUUUGCGUACUACCCCAAAUAUUUCCUGUGUCCCUCGACAUAUUGCUUUCAUAUUUUGCAUAGUUGUUAACAAUCAUGACCCCAACCUAUAAACAAGAGCAGACAACUGUAUCAAGCAUUUUGACAGAACUAUUGCCCCUUUUAUACUUAGAAUAUGCAUAUUAUUGAUAAAUCUAUGUUAAAGUUUGCGUACUACCCCAAAUAUUUCCUGCGUCCCUUGACAUAUUGCUUUCAUAUUUUGCAUACUUGUUUACCAACAUGACCCCAACCUAUAAACAAGAGCAGACAACAGUAUCAAGCAUUGUGACAGAAUUAUGGCCUCUUUUAUACUUAGAUUUAUCACAUAUGUUAAAGUUUGACAAAACAACACUAACCUGACAUACCACAAUGCACUCCACCCAAACCAUCCCCCACGCCCUCUCCAACC